AUGACUCUACACAAGGGGAGGGGCCAGGUGCCUUUAGGGAGGGUAGCUGUAGUUGCUCUCCGUAGUUGUUGUCAUUGUCUCUCCGUCAUAUACUCGCUCCUCGGAGCUUACACUCUAAUCUUCUCUCUCAGCGGCAUGAUUGGGGAACGCUUGCCGCUCCGCUACUUCCUGUCUGGUGGGAUGGUGGCCAGUGGCUUCUUCACCGGGCUCUUCGGACUCGGCUACUUCUACGACAUCCACAACCUGACCUAUUAUAUUAUCAUCCAGGUGCUGAAUGGCUUGGUGCAGACCACCGGCUGGCCCAGUGUGGUCACCUGCAUCGGGAACUGGUUCGGGGAAGGAAGGCGGGGCCUCAUUAUGGGGGUGUGGAAUUCGCACACCUCGGUGGGGAAUAUUUUGGGGUCCCUGAUCGCCGGUUUCUGGGUGUCGUCAUGUUGGGGGAUGUCCUUCGUUGUUCCCGGGAUAAUCAUCGCAGUCAUGGGCGUCCUCUGCUUCCUCUUCCUCAUCGAACAUCCCCGAGACCUCAACUCCCAUCCUCCGAGGGCUCCGCCCAGUUUGUCCUGUAAUGGUUUUAAGAUCCAGAAUCAAAUCCUGAGAGCAGAAGAGUCGGAGGCGGAGAAGUGGGAAACACAGAACAUGUUGGGCCCCUCCCCCGUCUACCCCACACAUCACGUCGUCGUCCUGCAGAAGGAGCCCAGCAAUGGGAAAAGUUCCUCAUCCGCCAUCAGCUUCUCCGGGGCCCUCCAAAUUCCUGGCGUGGUGGAGUUCUCCGUGUGUUUGUUAUUCGCCAAGCUGGUCAGUUACACCUUCCUCUUCUGGCUGCCCUUGUACAUGGCCAGUGCUGGUCGGAUGGACGCUCGGCAUGCUGGUGACUUGUCCACUCUCUUCGAUGUUGGUGGAAUUUUUGGUGAGUUCUCGGUGUGGGAAAGACUACAAACCCCGCCCACUCCUGUCAAAUCUUUAAAUGUGACACUUGCCCCUUGUUCCUUCCUCCUCCAUCUCUUCCAGGGGACGCACAAGUCAUUAAAGGGAAAUGCACACGCCCUGUCUACAGUGACCGCCAUUAUAGACGGCACCGGAUCUGUAGGUGCUGCUCUGGGCCCCCUGUUGGCGGGACUCCUGUCACCGUACGGUUGGCACAAUGUCUUCUUCAUGCUGAUGAUAAGCGAUGCCUUGGCCUUGUUGUUCUUGUCGCGUCUUAUCAGGAAAGAGCUGACCUGCGCGAGGGCGGCGGGAGCAGCAGGACAGACACCGUAA